AUGGAGGGAAACGACAAGGGCAAAGACGCUACGGAUAGCGCCCCCAUCAGACCCGUAUCCUCACUUCUUUCCCACUUCGAGAACCUCUCGCAUCGUCGUUCCCCGUCCGCGGUCCCAAACGGUACCCGCGAUUCCUACCUGCUCAAGGCCCCGGAGCUAGGCGACGAUCUCCGCUCAUCGCGAGCCUCUUUGGACCUACCUCGUCCGUCCCCUUGGGUUUCUGGGGCCGAUACACCAAAUGGUCAACGGAAUGAUUAUACGAACGGUGUUGCCCGGCGAAAUGGUGGAUCUCCGGGGAUAUCACCUGGAAGGCGACAGAAUAGGCCGAUGUCGAUGGUCUUCCACUCGUCACCGCAACUGGCACCUACCUUGACGGUAGACUCUCCCCGUUCUCCGCCACGUGGGUUUAGUACCGAUGGCGCUCGUGGAGAUGGUACUCGUUUCGCUCGCAGUCCGCCCAAUGCCUCGCGGGAAUCACUGCACCUUUCGUCUGGGAAAUCGUCGUCCAGUCGUCCGACCACCCCCAACAAUGUGAUAUCCACGGCAACGGAUCGGCCAUCCGGACUGUCCCCGAGGUUAUCGACCUCUGUAGGAUCGAAUGGCGCAAGUCCUACCUUGCCUCCUCUCAACCGAGCAACGAAACCUAAGAUUCCGGCCAAACCCGCAUCCCUAUCGUUUCACGAUUCGAGCGCCUCUCUUGCACCACAAGCGUCGUCACAGGAGCAUGUAUCGCCUUUCAGUACGCCGCCGGGCAGCCCAGAAAAGACACCGCCGAGCCGACCUACGGGUACAGUACCAGUACAACCAGCACGACGGCCCCCUCAGCGGCAGUCUCCACCUCUGUCUGCCGUUGAUAUGCCAACGCGGCGGUCAAUGGAGAGAUCACCUGGUCCCGUAGAAUAUUCACCAGCCCCUAGGGCCUCGUCAGCUUCGCGGCGCUCUCCGGCUCCUGAACCUCCGUGGCAAUCAAAGCCAUUGACGGUACAGAUCCCUCCUAGGGGACCUUCUGCACAAGCUCCCCCUUUAAGCGCGCCACUAUCUGCACGAUUGAAUCAGAGGAGCGACAGCCCUCAUGCGCGACCGGGCCUUCCACCACGGCACCCAUCAACGACCCGACGAAGCGGUAGGUCUCCUUCAAGGCAAGCCUCGACUGUCGAGCAUCCUGCGCCCUCUCGACCCGCUCCAAGAACCGACCCAAUUCCGACACCUAAAAUCCAGCGUCAGCCGUCAUUUUCUCGAGAAAACAAGCUAGCGCCCCCACAAUCAGCUUCCCGCCCUGUCUUGAGCGAAGAAGAACCACUGUCUGACGAGCCGCCAUCACGUACCGAUUAUCCAGACGCCUCGAAUACGAACCGGCGGCCACCAAUUCUGAGAUCUGGCCCUAGAGAGAUUAAUACGCGCUACGAUACUCGGCUGAUGGACGUGUGUGGGAAACAUGUCUGCACCACCGGCUAUAUAACACGCGUCUGGGACCUUACGACAGGUGAGCAGAUAAUGAGUCUGAGUCAUGGUGAAACGGUCAAAAGUCUAUCGCUGGCCUUCAAACCCGGCAAUGGGCUUGAGGAUGAGGGCCAGCGUGUCUGGAUCGGCACCAAUGCCGGGGAGCUCCACGAAAUCGAUAUUUUCUCUGGAUCUAUCGUGGCAUCGCGGUCGUACCCGUCGCGACGGGAAGUUAUCAAGAUCCUGCGACAUAAGAAAGACAUGUGGACUCUUGACGAUGAAGGCAGGUUGCUAGUGUGGCCACCAGAUGAAACGGGGGUCCCGAAUCUACAAUAUAGCUACCACAACCCUUACGAUAGGGUCGCAAGAGGUCAUACCUUCUCCAUGGUCGUUGGAGACACACUUUGGCUGGCUACGGGAAAAGAAGUACAUAUUUACCGACCGAAUGUCCCCGACGACGUUUCCUUCAGAGUCCUGAAGAAGCCGCUGGGUUCGCAUCAUACGGGAGAAGUUACCUCUGGCGCCUAUACCACGCGAGGUGGCGGUCGAGUGUAUCUGGGUCAUGCCGAUGGCAAAGUUACUGUCUACUCCGCAAGCAAUUAUGCCUGUCUCAGCGUGGUAAACGUCAGUGUAUACAAAAUCAACUGCUUGGGCAUUGUGGGCGACAACCUAUGGGCCGCCUACAAGACCGGCAUGAUCUACGUGUAUGAUACAAGUACAAAUCCCUGGACUGUCUUGAAGGAUUGGUGCGCACAUUCCAGCCCUGUAUGCGGGUUCCUACUCGAUUCAAGCAGCGUCUGGACGAUGAAUCGGCUGCAAGUUACCUCUCUCGGGACGGACAAUUGCAUCCGUCUCUGGGAUGGGAUGCUCGAAGACGAUUGGCUAGAAAUCCAGAUGCAGAAGAGAGACGUGGAGUUUUGCAGCUUCCGCGAGAUUAGUGCAGUGAUUAUGACCUGGAACGCCGGUGCUUCUACCCCCGGUAGUGUGCGCACGUCUACCUUUAUCCAAGAUGCGAUCCGUCCGGAGAAUCCGCCAGAGAUUCUAGUAUUCGGCUUCCAGGAGCUAGUCGACCUCGAAAACAAGAAAAUAACAGCCAAGAGUUUGCUUCUGGGAAGCAAGAAGAAGGAAAGCGGCGAGAAAGAGCAUAUGAGUCGUCAGUACCGUGUGUGGAUGGAGCACUUGACGCGCUGUAUCAACGAUUGUAUGCCGCUCGAGGAGUCCUAUGUGCUCCUGCAUAGUGCGAACUUGAUUGGUCUUUUUACGUGUAUAUUCGUCAAGCACAAAGAACGGCCGAAGAUCAAGGAUGUUAGUGCUGCUGAAAUAAAACGGGGUAUGGGAGGAUUGCACGGUAAUAAGGGUGCUCUUGUUUUCCGCUUUGUUCUGGACGACAGCUCCCUCUGCUUUGUGAACUGCCAUCUAGCAGCAGGACAGACGCAAACCACGCACCGCAACAACGACAUCGCCGCCAUUCUUGAGACCGAGUCGCUACCUGUGGAGACAAGCUUGACAUCUCGGCUGAACCACUUUGUCAGUGGUGGGGAUGGCUCAAUGAUCAUGGACCAUGAGAUCUGCGUCCUGAAUGGAGACCUCAAUUACCGUAUCGACUCGGUGCCGCGGCAUGUGAUCAUUGAGGACAUACGAAAUAACAAUCUCACGAAGCUGCUGGAACGCGAUCAACUCAAUGCGUCAAGACGUAAAAAUCCAGGUUUCCGGCUGAGGGCGUUCCAAGAAGCGCCAAUUACUUUCGCUCCGACAUACAAGUAUGAUGUGGGCACGGACGAAUACGAUUCCAGUGACAAAAAGCGAUCACCCGCUUGGUGUGACCGGGUCCUGUACAGAGGAUUAGGCAGGGUCAAGCAACUCGAGUAUCGACGCCAUGAGGUUCGAGCGUCAGAUCAUCGGCCAGUGAGCGCAACGUUCAAGCUCCGCAUCAAGACUGUGCUUCCCGAUAAGCGAGAGGCUCUGUGGGAAACUUGUCAGAAAGACUUCCAGGCUGAAAAACGGAGGCUUGCAUCUGAGGCUAGCAUUGAGUACCUCAUCAGCAUCCUCGGAACUGACCCAAAACAAGCGCGAGCCCUUAUUCUGGGCAACUGA